GGGAAAAGGUGUGUGGAUAUUAUAAUGGGUCUUUGCGCAAUUCGGUCAUACGGUAAUAAGCCAAAGAACGUCCGUGUAUACAUAGUCUUUAAAUAAGCGCCCUGAAAAACUGUUCGAAUUCGGAUCCCUAAACGCAGUUUUACACGACAGAAAUUCGUAAUCUGUCAAUGAACUUGAUGCGAUUUCUUUUUCUUUGUUUAUCUGUUUGACAUGCAUUUUAUUAGUUUAAGAUUUAAUGAUCACCAUUAUUCAUGAUUUACUUACGGCAUUGGACUAAAUAUUAGAAUAUAUUGUUGAAGAAGUUUUUGUGUGAUGUGAAUAAUCUUUUUUGAUUCCGUAAUCUACAAUGAAAGUAUGCCAAAAGAAUUUGUACGACGAGAGCUAGAGGAUAUAGCGGGACUCUCGCACAAGAUAUCUACAGAAUUCUUGCCUUCCUGUUGUAUUUCAGCUGAAGAUUCAGAUGAAGAAUGUUAUAAAACUGUGUCACUUGAAAAUCCACCAGAAAUUAAUGUGGAGCUGGGCUUAACUGAAAAUCAUUUUUCUCGACCAGAAGGUUACUUUUGCUUUUCAACAUCAGAAGAGCUAGAAAUGGCCAUCGAACAAUGUAAAGAAAUGAUCAGGACUGAGGGCAGACAUGAUAGAAAGAAGCAGCUUGUAGCUAAGCUUGUACAGUUGAAGCUAAAACUUCAAGAAAUAAAGGAUCCUCCUGAAAUACCACCUGAUGUGACUAUUGUUUUGGGUCACAAAUUUGAGUUGCGUAGUUUAGAGAGACCUCAACAAUAUUGUGAAAAGUGCUGUGGUAUAAUUUGGGGAGUAAUGAAAAAUUGGUAUCAUUGUGUGGAAUGUGGUUUUAAAUGUCAUAGCAAGUGCCUGAAUCUCAUAACCAGGAUAUGUGCCAGCACAAAGGUGAUCAGAAUUAUUUUUUAUUUUAUUGUACAGGUGCUGUAUUUAGUUUGUAUUCAUUAAAUAUACCCAUGAGGAAACAAUGA